CGAGGAGGGCACACAGUCGGGGGGCGAGGCCUGGCCUAGUUGGCGGUGCGGCCUCGGCCUCUGCCUGCUGCGCUCUCCCCGAUUCCCGGCGACAGGCCACGGCCCGGCAUGGAGCGCGUCCCCCCCCGAGCCUGCUGACGGAUGAAACUUGGGUCAGACAAGAUCUGUGGAGAAAUUCAGCUGUGGAUCCUUCAUUGAAACCGAUCUUAAGCAAAGGUCCUGACCAGACUCUUCAGCGCGAGUGAAUGUGUCCAUGAAUUGCGACUCCUCGGAAGCAGCCAUGAAUGCACCUUCUCUUCACCCUCAGAUGAUGGGGUCUGGGAUCAGCCCCUCCCUCACCUCCCCAGGGCAGCUUCAUUCACCCAUUAGCACUUUGAACUCUCCAAUGAAUGGACUGGGCUCUCCCUAUUCGGUUAUCAGCUCGCCGUUAGGCCCGCACACGCUAUCCAUCCCGACGUCUCACAGCAUGGGAUACGGUGGCCACAGUCCGCAGAUAAACUCGCCUAUGAAUUCAGUCAGCAGCACAGAGGAUGUGAAGCCACCUUUAGGAAUCAAUGGCAUGCUUAAAAUGCCAUCCCAUUCUUCAAAUUGUCCGAUUUCGCUCACCAAACACAUCUGUGCCAUUUGUGGGGACAGGUCUUCAGGCAAGCAUUACGGCGUUUACAGUUGUGAAGGUUGCAAAGGAUUCUUCAAACGCACAGUGCGCAAAGACCUUACCUACAAUUGCCGUGAUAGCAAGGACUGUAUAAUUGACAAGCGUCAGCGUAACCGGUGCCAGUACUGCCGCUACCAGAAGUGUCUAGCCAUGGGGAUGAAGCGGGAAGCUGUACAAGAGGAGAGACAGCGGGGUAAGGACAGGAAUGAGAAUGAGGUGGAGUCAACGAGCAGUGCCAAUGAGGACAUGCCAGUGGAGAAGAUAGUGGAGGCCGAGCUGGCUGUUGAGCCCAAGACUGAGACUUACAUCGACUCCAACCUCGGAAUGGGCAGCAGCUCACCGAAUGACCCAGUUACCAACAUCUGCCAAGCAGCUGACAAACAGCUUUUCACUCUGGUCGAGUGGGCCAAGCGGAUUCCACACUUCUCCGAGCUCCCGUUGGACGACCAGGUCAUCCUUUUGAGGGCAGGCUGGAAUGAGCUGCUCAUCGCUUCAUUCUCUCACCGAUCCAUCGCUGUGAAAGAUGGGAUUCUGCUGGCGACCGGUCUCCACGUGCAUCGGAACAGCGCGCACAGUGCGGGAGUGGGAGCCAUCUUUGACAGAGUUCUGACCGAGCUGGUUUCUAAAAUGCGGGACAUGCAAAUGGACAAGACAGAACUGGGCUGCUUGCGAGCGAUCGUGCUCUUUAACCCAGAUGCCAAAGGCCUGUCCAACCCUGGGGAAGUGGAGGCACUUCGGGAGAAGGUGUAUGCAUCCCUGGAAGGAUUCUGCAAACAGAAAUACCCAGAGCAACCUGGCAGGUUUGCCAAGCUCCUACUGCGGUUACCAGCGCUGCGAUCCAUCGGACUGAAAUGCCUGGAGCACCUUUUCUUCUUCAAGCUGAUCGGCGACACACCCAUUGACACUUUCCUCAUGGAGAUGCUGGAAGCUCCUCACCAGAUGACCUAAGUGGGCCGUGGGCACUGCAACCCAGAAACAAUCUAAUCUGCCAUCCUUUUGUACAGGCUCGGUGCAAAUGCCCUCGGCCUCCCCUCUACAUUUACAGCCCCUCCUUCCCCAUCCACCCCUGCCUCCCCCCCUCAACUGUAAUUCCUCAUUAAUGAGUUGUCAAAGGAAUAAUUUUCUUUUUAUAUACACUCUGCAUCAAUCUCUGGGUCUGUGACGACUUGCUUGUUGAGAAGGCCUAUGGUCCCGACUCUUCCCCCGGUGCAGGAGAGGCCUUGUCUGACUUGGAUCUCAUUGCCGGCUUGGUGCUGGAGUACAGGGGCAGCCUCCAGGGACGGGUCAGCGCCGGAGGCUGGACUUGGCCAGGACAUCCGAAGGCCUCCAGCCCCGGCACGACGUUCCCAGCGGAAGUGCCGAGCAAGGCGGAGUUCAUCUGACCAACUCAAGAUGGAAUUCGGCCGCCUCGGACUCUGCCCUCUCGCUAGUUCAGUGGCGAACUCUCCCAAGCCGACACGGAUCCUUCCGGGCUUUGUCGCUGGGCCAGCGGGAGAGGUGAGGCUGACGAACAAAGCGGGCGCGCUUCCACGGCACCGAUCCCGGGCAGAAGUCGGAGUAGUUCUCGUUGUUGCCCUCGGUCCGCCGUCUGAAUGGUUCACAGAAUACUUUCCGCUAUCCCUUAAAUCUUGGAUUAAUCGGAACGGAACCUCCAUUUCAAACGUCGGGCCGUGCGUGCAGCAGGUGAGGUUUUUGGGAUGAAACUCCUGGCUUCAAGCCGGACGUGCUGUGGGUGAAGUGACCUCCUGUGUAUGUGAGUGAAUCACUCGGCCCCAACAGCCUCCUUCCCCCAGACCCACCAACGAUGGAUUGGUACAUCGGUCACCCCUUCAGUCCAGACCACGUCCGUGAUCAUCGGCCGGGGCUGGGGCUCGCAUCCAGAAGAUUCUUUGCUGCUAAGGAAAUCGUCCAAUUAAUGAGUGAAAGUCGAACCCUGGAUAUAGAACAGGGCUAGGCAGAAGGAGUUUAGCUUUACAACAUUGGAGCUCAAUUUUUGUUCAAUCUGCACUUACACUGAUCAGCGUUACUCUUCCCCAAGCACACGCCUCAUCCUCCACACUAAUACUAAUCUCCCUCUCUCCCAUUUCUCUCACUCUGUCCCACUCUCACUCUCUCCUUCUCACUCUCUCCCUCUCACUCUCUCACUCUCACUCUCUCACUGUCCCUCUCUCUCUCUCUCUCUCUCUCUCUCUCUCUCCUCUCUCCUCAUCUCUCAUCUCACAUCUCACUCUCACUCUCACUCUCACUCUCACUCUCACUCUCACUCUCACUCUCACUCUCACUCUCACUCUCACUCUCACUCUCACUCUCUCUCUCUCUCUCUCUCUCUCUCUCUCUCUGUCUCUGUCUCUGUCUCUGUCUCUCUCACUCUGCCUCUCUCUCUCUCUCUGCCUCUCUCUCUCUCUCUCUCUGCUUGGCCUUUCCUCCCCCCCUCUCCCUUUAUCCUCGGAGGCUGGAGGGGGUCGUAGGAGAGUUCCAUGCAGAUUGACCUUGAGCAGCUUGUGUCUGUUUUCCCAGUUCCCUGUCUCCAGUUGCUCACUCUCACUGCCCCGCUCCCUGAGGCGAGUGGCCCUUGUGCGCGGGUUCUCUCCAGCGCCCUCUUGUUUUGGUUCAUGUCUUUAUUUUACUUCAAAUCGGAAUUUUAACCUAAAAUAUAAAUAUUUUAAGUACAGCAAUUUUGUAAAAAUGAAAGUUAAAAAUUGCAUUUUAAAACUGUUGCGAGCACAGAAAGUGAUGCAAUAAUGGAGACGCUCACACCAGACCAGUCUCUGUACACAGCCACAGGGCAGUAGCACCAUGGAGGUGGCUCACACCAGGAGACAGUGUUCCUGGAGCCUUUAUUCAGGAUGCAGACGUUCAGCUUUAUUGCCUUUCCUCAUUUGCCCACGCCCACUGCGUGUCAUUGUUUAAUCUCAUUUUAUGGCCAAUCAUAGCUAAAUCUAUACUUGUCUACAGUUCUCCCAAUCUCUCCUGUAUGCCUUUAUCUGCCUGUCUUCCCAUUCAACCUGUCUGUGUGAGAGUGAGUGUGUGUGUGUGUGUGAGCGGGUGUGUUUGGGUCUGUGUGCGUGCGAGCGGGGGUGUGUGUUUGUGCGGGUCUGUGUGUGCGAGCGUGUGUGUGUGCGAGCGGGUAUGUGUGUGUGUGUGUGCAAGUGAGUGUGUGCGAGCGUGUGUGUGUGUGUGGGUCUGUGAGUGUGUGCGAGCGUGUGUGUGUGUGUGGGUCUGUGUGGCGUGUAGGCCUGUGGGUCUCUAAGCGAGUCUGUGGGUCCAUGAGUGUGUGUUUGUAUGGGGCGGUGUGUGAGUGUGUAUGUGUGGGUCUGUGUGUGUGAGAGCGCGUGUGUGUCUGUAUGGUGGGUCUGUGUGGCGUGUGUGCAAGCGGGUGUGUGUGUGGGCCAGUGUGAGUGAAUGAGUGUGUGUGCGCGCGCACCUUAUUUUGUCUGUAGAUGUCCCUCUGCUCUCUCACUGUGUCUCUGCGUGUGUAUGUUCAUCCCUCGCCGCCCCCCCCCUCCGCCCCAACACAAUGUGGGUUUCUAUCUCACGUACCCCCAGCCCCCUUCCCCCUCCCUGGUGACCGAGCCUUACUGGUGGGGUGUGCCCGGCCUUGUGGUCAGUCAGUUUUGAGAUGAGACGGUGAUCAGUCUGUGUUGACACUACAAACACUUGCUGAAAAACAGAAAAAGAGAAGAGAAAUGUCUACAGAAAUCUAUUUUUGUAUAAAUGAAACUUUAUCCCUUUUGUUAGAUUGAAUUUCACUGAAUUAUUGUAAAUGUUAAUACUUUAAUAGUCUGCAGGGUGGAAGCAAGUGUUGCUGGGGCCGUUCGAGAAUUGUUCCCUGUUGGUUUUUUAAUUUUCAAUCAGUGGCUCUGCAUGCCCAUCGGGUCUGAGCAUUCCACCGCAGUCUAGUUCACUCUGGUUACUGACUGAUGUGGGAUUCCCCAGGAGUUUCUGCUCUUUGCCCGAGAGGGGAGACUGUGGGGUUUUUCAGAUUGGUCCCACGAGCUGUGCAGGUGCUCUCCCAGCCUGAGAGAGCGAGAGAGAGAGCAGUUUAUGGGGCAGGGUCUCGGACCCUCAUUCAGAUCGGGGCGCCCUGUGAUUGCAGCCAUUUGGUUUAGAAUUUGUUUCUGUGUUCAAUGUAAUAAACUGUUUCCCUGUACCCUA